UGCGCAGGGGAGAUGGUGACAGCACGUUUGCUACACUUUCGUGAAAAGUAGUUGUUCUGUAUCUCCCGCCACAUCGCACAGGACACCAAUGGGGAACUCUUACGCAGGCCAACUGCGGACCACGCGCUUCGAGGAGGUCCUCCAUAACUCCAUUGAAGCAUCACUGAGGUCAAACACCAUUGUGCCCCGACCUGUAUUCUCGCAGCUAUACCUUGAGACGGAGCAGUCAUUGGCACCAGAUGGCCGUACAGAGAAUGAUGAUGAAGAUGAUGAAGAUGGCUCAGAAUCCAACAGUCCACCAAUACCCUACCAGAUGAAGCCACCACCUGAAGGGUGUUGCACCACAGAUGGCUUUUGUCAAGCUGGAAAAGACCUGCGUUUGUCCUCGCUUGCAUCAGAUCCCUUGGAUGUUCCCACAGGGUUUAUGUUAGUUGGGAUAAAGUCCCCUUCCAUUCCUGAUAAUCUGCUGGUUUGUGCUGUGGACCGCCGUUUCCUGCCAGACGAACGGGGUCGGAAUGCCUUGCUAGGCUUCUUAGGAAACUGUAUGGGCUGUGGAGAGAAAGGUUUUCGUUAUUUCACAGAGUUCUCCAACCACAUUAACCUGAAGCUCAGCACCCAGCCCAAGAAACAGAAGCACUUGAAGUACCAUCUGUACAGGAAUAACCAGGGCAUCCUGGUCAAAGGAGCUCCUAUCUGCUGGAGAGGAAAUGAUUUCAGGCUGAGACAGAUGAGGUCCAGUCUUGUUGAAGGCCACCCAACGUCAGAUGAGCAGCCGCCAAACUUGCCAUUAACUCACCCACCACAUGCACCUGGCAGCCACACAGGAUCACAUGCAGAGCCACGCGUGGUUGAUGUUGCCCGCACGCUGAUAAAUGGAAACCACGCUGUUCCCUCCACUGCUCAUCCACCUUUACAACAGUCAGGGUCUGGGAGACCCUCAGUUACAGGGCCAAAUGCAAAUGCAGGUCCCCCAAAGAAGAGGCACAAGGGGUGGUCGCCUGAUUCAUCUAGCAACAGUCUACCAGAAAGCACAGUAAAGUCACCACCAUCAUCUUUAGCUUUAUCCACGUUGUCAGUGUCGUCUGUUAUCACAAAUGGAGCCAGAUCAGAGACUGUAACCCUGCAAAGUUCAUCGCAACGGUCCUCAACCCCACUAUCUCCUCCAGAGCUGUCUGUAAUAGUGCCUGAUCAGCUGCUUCACACCUGCAAACUGCAGCCUGUGAUAUUUAAAGGUCACGGCCCUCUUCCUCAGCUGACUGGCAAUGUGAGCGAAGUGCUUGUCAGCUCUCUGCUCCAGAGUUGUUACCUGAGCUCACAAACACUCCCCAGAGUGUACCAGCACUAUGGCCCAUCACCCAUUCAGCCACUCUCUACUGAGAUGCAGAUCCUGCUCACGGUUUACUACCUUGUUCAGCUAGGCCCUGAGCAAGUUCCCCUUAUCGAGGAUCUGGAACAGAUAUUGAUGAGGUCAUGGAGGGAGUCUCACCUGAGUGAAAUCAGGCAGUUCCAGCAGGCUCAAACACCAGGAACCCAAGGGAGGCACUUUGGCAGAGAGACCCCCUCUGCCUUGCCUGCCUUGCCUGGGCUUCCCCAGCAUCUGUCUUUACCUCCGCAGAGCCAGCAACCCUUGACCCCGAGCCAGCUUCCCUGGCUCGCUCAGUUGGCUGCAUCGUCCUGUGGAGAAGGUGUUGUGGUGUUGGGGGAAGAAGUUAGAUCUUUGGCUCAAGGUCUCCAGAAAACAUUUUGCAGGUUGAUGGAAGGACUGCUUGAAAACACCAACUAUGUGGUCAUCAUAGUUGUUUCUCCAGGGCAGGAAACACAGUCUUGUGUGGUAGUUACAGGUAAACAUCAGUGUCGAGCCCUUGCAGAGAGCAUGUUUUCUCCCACUGAAGGAUUGAAAGAGAUCAGCCACCAGCUCUCCACAGGUGUUGCCCAGGAACUCAUCCACUACCUUGGACAAGAUGGUGAUAUGGACUCCCUGCUGGACAGUUCCAGUGUGGACAGAAAUGAGGCAUCUCCCUUAUCCAGCACACAGGAUUUAGCCGAAGAGAAGAGUCUUAAAAACACACAAAGCCCCAAAAACAGCCAGAGUCCAAAGGAUUCUUCAACACAGUGUGCAAAAGAGGCACUGAGUCCUAAGGAGGCAGCUUCAAGUCCCAAAGACAGUUGUUCAGAAUAUUGUGUUGAAUGGCGUGAAGUCCGUCCCAUCCAGCUGGCAGUGGCUAGAAAGCUGCUGUCCCAUGUUUGUGCUAUAGCUGAUUCCAGCACACAGAACCUGGAUCUUGGCUCCUUUGACAGGAUCAGCUUCCUCAUCCUAGUCCCGCCCUCAGAGGUUGCUUUUCAACAGACUGUUCUCCACCUCUGGAGCUCUGGUGUUCUUCGAGAGCUUGGGAGUGUAGAACAGGAGUGUGUGUCUCAACGAGAGGCUGAGCGUUAUGUGGUCAAGAUGGACCAGAGAGCUCAGGCACGAAUUGACAGCCUCAUCCAGGAAGCACACAGCAACUCUUACACUCUCUACAUCCUGGUUCAUGAUCACGCCCACUGGGAUAUUAGCAACUCAUCCUGUAGCAGCUCAGACAGUGGUUUGGGUCUGGUGGAUCAGCUGUUAAAUUCACGGCAGCUGAAAGAUGCUACAAACAUCCUGAUUCUCCACGUCACCUCAUUCCCAUUCGCUCUUCAGACACAGUGUACCCGUAUCAGCCCCUACAACGAGAUACACUGGCCGUCUGCAUUCAGUAAUGAUGUGGACUUGUAUCAUGAGAAGACACGGUACUUUGGUGUGUCAGAGCUUUUAGAGUCAACUCGCUCAGGAAGCAGCCUGCCUCUGAUGCGUUAUGAUUCCUCUUUUGAAAGCAUGGCUUCUACUCUGGAAGAAAGAUUUCCAAAGCUGCACAGCGCCGUGAUCCGGACUAUAGUCUUGAUCCAGCACUACUGUGUAGCUCUGAUGACUGCAUCUGGCAGAAUCAGCAGCUCCCACAAUCUCCACAAACACACCUCUGUGGAGACCAUGGAAAUUGUACAAUCCCUGCUCACCGCUGCUCAUCAGUGUCCUGCCCAUCACGGGCACAUGGUUCUGCUGCGAAUCCCCUCUUUGGCUCUGGCAGUCUGGGCCCACCGACGACUUUCCAGAGUGAGGAAACAGCUGGGUCUGGAGGAGAGUUUUGAAAUCAUACUGGGGAAUCCCAGCCAAGCUCUGAUUAUUGGACGGAUUUUCACGGAUCAGAUAAAGACGUGGUUGAAGAUUCAGGAUCCUGACUGGGUUCCUCAUACCUACUUAGAGUUGGAAGCCCUUCCCUGCAUCCUAAUCCUGUCAGGGGCUGAGCCACUGGGAGAAUCACUGCCUAGGUCAUUGAAGUAUUGUGACCUUCGGGUGAUAAGCUGCUCCUACCUGCACCGCACUACUCUUGAACAAGAGCUGGGACUGGCUGCCUAUCUAGUGAAGGCAGAGUCAAGACCACCACACAACCCUGGACCAGGAAGUGACCUGAUCGAAAGUGAUGCUGAAAAACUCAGUAGCACUGACAAUGAAGAGGAGGAAGGACAAGACAAUGGAGACUCUCCUCCACCAUGUAGCCAGCCAGUCCCAUCAUGCCCAGACAGUGGAGCUGUAGAUCCCCCCCCAACUCAAAGCACCACCUCUCCAAACAUCCAGAAAGGGACCUCGGACACCAUACAGUCUCCAUCAAAAUCACAAACCCAACCUCAGCCCCAGCCCUCAUCUGAGUCUUUUUCAUAUCCUCGAAUUGCACCUCUACACCGAAACCAACCUCAACUUCAAAGCUAUCCCCAGGCCCAAUCGACCUCCCAGCUGCAGUCACAUCCCCAAAAUCAAAUCCAGUCAUUCUCCCAAGCAAAUUCUCAAACUUACACUCAAACGCUCACUCAGCAGCAGCCUCUUUCCCAGAUGCAAAUUCCCUCCAAAUCCACAUCCUCCGACUCCUCAUCCCCCCGAGCUUCCUCCCCUCAUCUGAGCUGCUCUUGGGCACGUGGGGUGAGUCGUCCGCCUUCUGUGCUCCUUCCUCGUGCACUCAACGACAUUAUCACAGCUAGCGAUAGCAGCGGGCUUCCACGAUUUUCUUCGUUUUUGCCACACAUGUCUGUUGCAUGGGCAAGCAGCUUCAGGCCUUUGCUGAGUAAAAUGAUGACGUGUACAGAGCAGUCACUCUAUUACCGUCAGUGGACGGUUCCUCGAUCCUACCACAUGGAUAGCAGCAAUCGUACUGAAGGACGAAGUGACAACUUUCACCCUCGCAGACUUCUGCUCAGUGGACCCCCACAGGUGGGUAAGACGGGCGCAUACCUGCACUUCCUUGGUAUCCUGUCUCGCAUGCUGAUCCGGCUUAUGGAAGUGGAUAUCUACGAUGAAGAAGACAUCAACUGCAGUGCCCAGGCAGAAGAAGUUCAGUUCCAUCCACCCAAUGCUCCCUGGCCAAACACAGAAGUUAUGAAGGCAAUCCCAUUUGACUACACCAUCCAUGAUGCCAAAUAUGAUGACAUCAGCACUGUUUAUUGCCCUGGGUUUAAACCAAGUGCUGACGGUAAGCACAGAAAUCCUGUGCGACAGGAGGAUGUGUACCUACGCAGACGGACAUCUAGGAUUAAGCUGACUAAGUACGCAGCCUACAACACGUACCAUCACUGUGAACAGUGUCAUCAGUACUUGGGUUUUAACCCCAGAUACCAGAUAUAUGAGUCGACACUCCAUGCCUUCACAUUCACUCAUCUCCUGCUUGGAGAAGACAUCCAGCUUUACUUCAUCAUCCCAAAGUCUAAAGAGCAUUACUUCAGCUUCAGUCAACCAGGAGGCCAACUGGAAAGCAUGCGGCUGCCUCUCACGUCUGAAUGGAGCCCAGACUGCAUCAAGAGUCCGAUCUUCACCCCGACCACAGGUCGUCAUGAGCACGGUCUGUUUAACCUGUACCAUGCGAUGGAUGGAGCCUCACAUCUACACAUCCUGGUGGUCAAGGAGUAUGAGAUGGCUGUCUACAAGAAGUACUGGCCCAACCACAUCAUGUUGGUGCUGCCCACAAUCUUCAAUGGAGCUGGAAUAGGUGCAGCUCACUUUCUGAUUAAGGAGCUUUCUUAUCACAACUUGGAGCUGGAACGCAGUCGGCGUUUGGAGGGAGGAGGUCCAGUGGGUGAUGUCUGGCCCUUCAUCAUCCUUGCUGAUGACUCGUGCGUCAUGUGGAACGCGGUGGACCUUGAUGGACGAAGUGGUCCAGUGGAGCACGCUGUGUCACUGAAACAGGUCUUACAGCACAUGGAAGCCUGUCCAGACCUAGCCCACUAUGGUCUUUGUGGCAUCAGGAAGUGGAGCAGCCGAGGAUUCACAGUUAAUAAACAGUGGGAACCCUUCUCUAGAGGUCACCUUCAUGACUUCCUCCUCCUCAAUGUCGACCGAAGUCAAAACGUCCAGUACGACCAGAACCGCUUCACCUGUCAUGAUAUAGACUUCACCUUGAGGCUGCACAGUGCCGGUCUCCUUGUCUGCAGGUUCAACAGCUUCAGUGUCAUGAAGAAGCAGAUUGCCAUAGGAGGAUACAGAACAUUUAUUAUCAAGACCAAGAUGACAGAUGUUCCCACCUCGGUGGGGCCCUCACAGUACAUCUGUGCCCCAGACAGCAAGCACCUUUUCUUGGCUACACCUGCUCAGCUCCUCCUCGAAAAAUACCUCCAACACACCAGCCAGAAACUGUUUCCACUCAGCACUAAGAACUACACACACCCCGUGCUCUCGGUGGACUGUUACCUCAACCUCGGACCUGAGGUGACGGUGUGUUUUGUGAGUUCCAGACCUCAUUCUUUCAACAUCAGCACCACAGGGCUGCUGUUCAGCGGCCUUCUUCUGUGUUUCGCCGAUGCAUUUGUGACUUCCGGGUUCCUCAAGAAGUUCACCUUCCUUAAAGGUGCAACCCUGUGUGUCAUCAGUGCAGAUCGCAGCUCUUUGAGGCAGACGGUGGGCAGGCUGGAGCUGGAAGAAGAGUGGAGGUUCAGGCUCAGCGACGAAUUCCAGACUGCCAACGCCAAGGAGGACAGACCUCUUUUCUUCCUGACCGGAAAACAUAUCUGAGUAAUCAGGCAGCAAAGAGCUACAGUGAGGACUGAAGCCACUUUGCUCACCAAAGAGAAGAAAUGCACUAGUGUUUAUUGUAGCAGUACAGUUUAUGUUGACUGAAUAUAUUAUAGACCACUGAUUAGCUAGCUGCACACACACUCGUAUGUGAAGGUGAAAAAAAUGAAGAUUUUUUUUUUUUUUUUUUUACUUUGUGUACUGCUCCAUGGACCCCCAUAUCACUGACAUGGUAGAAUGAAAUUCCUAAAUUGGAAACAUUUAAUAUCUGAUAGCAUAGGUAUGUAGGAAAAAAAGUUACAAGGAAUAAUUUUAAUACAGCAGCAAGAAAACAGAGAGUAAACUUUAAAAGAAAUGUGCUAAACUCAGAAAUUUCAUGUACUUAUUUUGGAUGUUUGUAGCUUUAAAUGUUCAAAGCCAGAAAGCUUAUUUGCAGGUGCACACAAUGCAAGGAGCUUAAAAACAGGGAAGACACAAUCAUUUGUGUGCAAUGUAAGCCGAUGUUUGGCAACAUUUUUACAGGGCAAUUUUUGUCUAAGCUUGUUUUUCAUGUUAUGUUUUCACAGGAAGCUAUUUUUAAUUGUAUUUUGUAAAGUUAACAUCAUGUAAAGAGGUUCUUAUAUUCAGUGUGUUAAAAAUUAUUUGAGGAGCUGUGUUGGUACAAUAUAUUUUUUGUAAGCUGUGCUUCAUUGGCUGUACAAUGAUGUUUGUAGUAGUGGUAGAAACAUAAACUCACUGUUUCCUUACAGCCUUUCACUAUGUACAGUUUUAUAUCCACUAACUGUAUAAAUGUACAGACAUUUUAAAUCUCA